UGAUAAUUAAAAAUAUUCGAGAAGAAUGGCCAUCGUCGAGUCGAGAGUCGUCUGAACCGCGGAAUUAUCUGUUCUUGACAGCCGGAGGAAAGAUUCUCACUCAGGAGUUCUCGCUCUUGCUCGCCGCUGCUCUAAAGUCGGCUGUUGAAAACUUGGGGGGUCAAGAAGCUCCUUUCCUCCCACUUUUUUCGUUUUUGAAGGAUUCCGAUCUGAGAAUCUCCUGCCUAAUCGCCAUAUCUGCACCUUCGAUUGAAAGUGAAGAUUGUUAACGUGGAUAAUACCUGGCACUGUAAACAUGUCGGCUCUGUUCAAUUUUCAUUCGUUUCUGACAGUAAUCCUACUCGGAAUCUGUACCUGUACUUACGUGAAGAUGCAUUUUCCUGCUAUUCUUGAACAGAGAAAUGGGUUCCGUGGCUUCUUUUGGAAAGCAGCCAGAAUAGGUGAACGUUUGAGUCCUUGGGUAGCUGUGGGAUGCUUCUCCAUGGGAGUCUCAAUAAUUUUCUUCUGAGGCAUGCCUAUACUCUCUGUUUUGUGGUUUAUUUAGCAUUUUGUGCCUUACCAUCUUAUUUUAGCAAGAGGGUCGUUGGAAUUAGAGUUCUGUAGUGACAUGGUUGAAAGCUAUUUAAAUCCAUUAUAAAUACACGAGCAUUUCAUUACAAAUUGUUUUGUUUGCUAUGCAGUCUCAAAAAUGUCAAAGAGGAAGAAAACUAUUGUGUUACUUUUUCAUU